AUGAACGCUGGAGGUAGCAAACAGAAGAGGAGCGCCCUCACAAAGAAGUCAUCACUGCGAACACAAGAACAAGCUCUUCUACCCCGAGCACUUACUCGCAGUCCGUCGGCGCCAUAUUCUUCCUCCAGCUCCAAGUCCUCAGCUCGCGCCCACCAUCAGCGCAAUUUUUCGACCACGACGCCCUAUAUCUCUUCACAAUCUUCGCUGGCCUACUCUGUCAACUCGAAAUACUCGCCCAUCGUCAACACCAACGACUUCUUCCCUCCCACAGCCGAUGCCUUUCAGUUCUCCUUCGACCUAUCAACACCAAGUACUAUGGACGAACAAACCCAGCCUUUGUCCCAGCAGCGAUCGUUACCUCAGCCUGCGCGCCCUUAUCCACCUCAGCACACAGUGACCUCGCCGGAUCUGCGCUUCCCUGACUUCAGAAUGUCGGGCUCGAACGAUAUGGCAGCACCCAAUGGCCAUGCAACACCCGUAGAGAUAACACCACCUCGUUCGGAGAUAGGCGAGAUGACUAUGAAGAGGGCUUCUGGCGACAUGGCGGCGCAGAUGAAGCCUCUGAGGGCUCACAGAAAGAAGAGUGGUUUCUCCAGCUUUAUGAAUAGCAUGUUGGGCUCGCCGCGACAAAUCAAGAUUUCUGCGCCACAAGAUCCUACGCAUAUCACACACGUCUGUUUCAACGAGGAGACGGGCCAAUUUACCGGGCUACCUAAGAGCUGGGAGACAAUGCUUUCCGACAACGGUGUGACCGAAGCAGAGCAGAAGCAGAAUCCGCAGAUGAUGUACAAUAUCAUGAAAACUUAUGAAACCAAUAUGGGAGGACAUGAUGACACGGCCUACCACAAAUUCGACCACGCAAAGAUAGGAGAUUCACCUUCCAGCGACAACAGUGCACUCCACAAAAGCCCGGCUUCAGGUCUUGGAAUCAACGCAGGGCUGGCCAACAGCGUCAGCCCAAAUUCUGUAAUAUCACCUCCUUCUAGUCCACGCUUUCCACAAAACCACGAGGGCAGCUUUGAAAAUCCGAGGGCAGCCCCUCCAAUACCUUCUGGCACAAGACCAGUCACCGCGCCCAGUCCGCCUAUGCCUCAUAGCCGUGGUCCCACACCUGCUUACAUACAUAACCGAGCAGCUCCAAAAGCUCCGACACAUCCUCAAAAUUAUUCGCCAAUGCGACUGCCGCCUCCAGCGCCUAAGGAGUUGCCUAUACGGAUAAACAACGACACUUUACUUCCACCACCAAGAAUGCCCGAGAUGGUGCAGAAAUCACCAGGUGCUGGCGAGAUACCGAGUGCCAUAUGGAACCAGAAUAGGAGUCGAUCGAAUUCAGCAGCCACACAGCCAAAAGUACAGCAUGCACCUCCACCAUUACCGCAGCCAGUCAAUAAUGCGACACAAUAUCAAAUGCAGCAGGAGAAAGCCAUGGCGAUGGCACAACAAGCAAUAGUGGAGAAGCAGCUAGAUCGAAGUCGAAGUCAGUCACAGCGAGGACCGGCGGUGCCUCCAAAACCCGUGGGAGCUAGCCCGGUCAUAGCACAAAAAGAAUACGCAGUCCCAGAUCAACAUAAUGGUCAGAUUUCAGCACAGGUGGCGCACGUUGGACCCUCUCCAGGGCCGCGACCACGGAAACAGAGACAACCAAGUAAUGGCAUCGAGAUUGCGGCGCGCUUGAGGGCGAUAUGUAGUCCGGGCGAUCCAACUACGAAGUAUGGAGAUCUGCAGAAGAUUGGCCAGGGUGCUUCGGGAGGAGUAUACACAGCGCUUGAGACUGGUACAAAGAAAUGUGUGGCGAUCAAGCAGAUGAACCUCGAACAGCAACCUAAGAAAGACCUCAUCAUCAAUGAGAUUAUUGUGAUGAGGGAGAGUAAACAUCAGAACAUUGUCAAUUUCAUGGAUUCGUUUCUACACGAGGGAGAUUUGUGGGUUGUGAUGGAAUACAUGCAGGGUGGCAGUCUCACAGACGUGGUCACGUUCAACAUCAUGUCAGAGGCACAAAUCGCAGCAGUGUGUCGGGAGGUGCUCUACGGCUUACAGCACUUGCACAGCAGGAACGUGAUCCAUCGGGACAUUAAAUCGGACAAUAUUCUAUUGUCUGAAAAGGGUGACAUCAAGUUGACGGAUUUUGGCUUCUGCGCUCAAAUCAACGACUCGCACAACAAGCGAACGACAAUGGUUGGAACCCCUUAUUGGAUGGCACCAGAGGUCGUAACGAGGAAAGAGUACGGGCGCAAGGUGGAUAUCUGGAGUUUGGGUAUCAUGGCGAUCGAGAUGAUCGAAGGCGAGCCGCCAUAUCUAACCGAGUCUCCAUUACGAGCGCUCUACUUGAUUGCCAAGUUUGGCACACCAAAGAUCAAGGAUGAGCAUGCGUUGAGUCCUGUGUUCAGGGACUUUUUGUAUUUUGCACUAAAGGUCGAGCCGGAAAAGCGAGCGUCGGCUCAUGAUUUACUGACACGAUCACAAAGCUCGACGCUGAGGAUGUUCCGCGCGCAACAGAAUGCUUUCGACGAUGUCGUUGCUAAAGCGACAGAUGAGAACCUCACAAGCGAAAACUGGGAGUAUAUUCUCGACGUAUGCGACAAAGUCAAUGGCUCGGACGCGGGUGGGAAGGAUGCCGUCGCUGCCAUGAUCAAAAGGCUGGCACACCGCAAUGCCAACGUUCAGCUAUACACUCUCGAACUUGCAAAUGCUCUGUCUCAGAAUUGUGGUAUCAAGAUUCACAGAGAGUUGUCCAGCAAAUCCUUUACUGAUGCCCUGCUGCGGCUGGCUGGCGAUCGGACAACCCAUCAGGCAGUCAAGAGCAAGAUUUUACAGUGUAUGGAGGAUUGGUCCAAGAUGUUUGGCACAAACCCCGAGCUGGGAAUUAUGGAGGGUGCCUACCAGAAAUUGAAGAGCCAGAAUCCAAAUAUUCAGCCUCCUCAAGCACCCACGAAAAGACAGAUUACCGAAUUUGACAGACAGAAAGAGGAAGAGGAGUUACAGAUGGCCUUGACGUUGAGUAUACAGGACAAAGGCAGGACACCUACUAUGCCGAUUCAAAACCAGUCACAAUCCCCAGCGGUCGAGCUGGGUGUGUCUAGCCCACAGGGCCAGACGCAGCAGCAGCAACAACAACAACAACAACCGACUUCAGUACCGACGGGGACCACUGCAGCCACAGUGAGCAGAGUACGUGCCCUCUUCGAUUUUGUGCCGAGCGAACCUGGAGAGUUGCAAUUCAGAAAGGGUGAUGUGAUCGCAGUGAUAGAGUCGGUCUACAAAGAUUGGUGGAAAGGCAGCCUAAGAGGACAAACAGGUAUAUUCCCUCUGAACUACGUGGAAAAACUGCAGGACCCGACACAGGAAGACUUGCAACGAGAAGCAGAGAUGGAAGCCGAGGUGUUUUCGCAGAUCAAGAAUGUGGAGAAAUUGCUUGCGCUCCUGAGUACGAGUACCGGCGAUAUGGGUGCGAGAGAGAACGAAGAGAUCACAGGAUUAUACCAUGACACGGUGGCAAUACGGCCCAAGCUUAUUGAGCUCAUUGGGAAGUAUACACAGAAGAAAGAUGAUUUGCAGCAGUUGAAUGAGAAGUUCAUCAAAGCUCGACGCGACUACGAAUCCCUCCUUGAGAGCUCAAUGGCUCAAUCAGCACAGCAAUACGGCCGCCCGCCAGCCACAUAUCCAGGCUAUGGUCCACCACCUCAGUCCUACGGCCCACAAAGGUUCUACACUCCAGACGGCCAGCCGCCUAACGCUGCCAUACCGCAAUAUCCUCCAGCUCAAGCUCAACCAGGAUUUCAACCACCUUACCCAGUAUCGAGUCCACCUCCUCAAUCCCACACACCAGCUCAGCCUCAACUAUAUGGUGCUCCGCCAUCUGGCCCUCCAGGACCUCAGCGUCGCCCUUCACAACCCUCUGGUUUUGGUCCACCUCAAGAGAUGGGAACAAGUGUCUACGAUACACCCGUAGACGGCAAUAGAAACUCAUACCACUUCCCACAACAACCCCAGGCACAGCAGUACCCCAAUGCGCCACUUCAGCAAACACAAAGCCAUGACAAGCCGGACGACAAUUACUCACCCUCGGUCUACAGCCACAACGAUAAUGCUCCAGAUGGGCAUUCUAAUCAAGUAUAUCCACCACCGCAAGGUCACAACCAGUAUCCACCUUCGCAACCAGGACAAGCACCACCAUUAGCACCUAACAAUGCUCCACCGCAACCGCCUGGUACGGGAUAUGGUCCGUCAGCUCCUCCGAGCAUAGACAGACCGGGUUCUGCGCAAUUACCGUACCAUGGCGGUCCGCCACCUCAGCAACAGUAUCAAGCCUAUCAACCUUACGUGCCGCCAACGGUACAGCAGGCUGGAGGAGGAGAUCCGGGAAGUUAUUAUAGGUAG